UUGUUUCUGACAAACAAUCAAGUAUAAAAUCUUUUUUUAAUCAAUGCACUAUUUUUGAUGGUGUUGGUUCUACCAGAAUUGCUUGUUGUGGUUUAUGUGAUGAAAAAUAUAAACUAUACGUUAUGAAUAGUCCUGCAGAAUUUGGAGGAUCUAUUCAACCAGAAACACUUGCUAAACAAUUAUUUAAUGAAAAAUUUAAAGAAAAUUUCUCUUGGAAAAGAUUAUCUAAAGCAGAACAUGAUGAAUUGAUUAAUAACUUGAGAUGUCAUGCUAAAUGGAUAUUGGUUAAAAUUUCUUUAUGUGUUAGGAAAAAUAAUAACAUAAAAUUCAUACCAAAACAUUAUUAUAUAAAUCAUCCACUAAAAAAAUUACUUAUUAAUAGCAAUUUGAAAUCAAUAUGGGCAGCAGCAGAUGAUG